UUUGCUUCUUGUUCCCCUUCUCCUCCUGCAGGAGAACGGAGCCUUGACACCGCCGCCCUGAAACACCGUUUUACCUCAGACCCGCGGCUCUGCGACGAGCUCUCACCCGCACAAGAGCCGAGACACAAUUCUUCCACAUUGGAUCCGCCUCCCGCCGACAUCGAGCGAAGAGGUGCAGCCGAUCCCAGGCCUCCAAUCCAGGGCGGAGGGAGGGAAGGAGGACGCUGGGUAUCGGGAUGGAGACCGCGGAGGGAGCUGCUGGGCCUGGCGGACCGGACGGACCCGGACUCCGGUUUGGCUGCGCCUCUUUCAACCAGGACUCCACGUCACUGGCUUUGGGAACAAAGAUUGGCUACAAACUGUUUUCUCUGACCAUGGUGGAAAAACUGGACUGCAUCCAUGAGAGUGUAGAGACUCCAGAUGUCUACAUCGUGGAACGUCUCUUCUCCAGCAGUCUGGUAGUCGUGGUGAGCAUCGCCAUGCCGCAGCGAAUGAACAUCUAUCACUUCAAGAAGGGGACAGAGAUCUGCAACUACAGUUACCCCAACAACAUCCUUUCUGUCAAGCUCAACAGACAGAGACUUGUGGUGUGCCUUGAAGAGUCCAUUUAUAUCCACAACAUCAAAGACAUGAAGCUGCUCAAGACUCUGCUUAACACUCCGUCCAACCCCUCAGGUCUCUGUGCUCUCUCUAUUAAUCAUUCCAACUCCUACCUGGCGUACCCUGGCAGUGCCACCAUUGGGGAGAUUAUAGUCUAUGAUGCCAACAAUUUGAACACAGUGACAAUGAUCCCAGCACACGACAGCCCUGUGGCAGCUCUCACCUUCAACGCCUCAGCCACCAAACUUGCCAGUGCCUCAGAGAGAGGCACUGUCAUCCGAGUGUUCUCCGUCCCUGAGGGCCUGCGUCUGUUUGAGUUCCGCCGGGGCAUGAAGAGGUAUGUCAGUAUACGGUCUUUAUCCUUUAGCCCUGACGGCCAGUUCCUCUGUGCUUCCAGCAACACAGAGACGGUGCAUAUCUUUAAAAUGGAACAACUGGGUCACAGUGGAGAGGACGAAGCUGCCACUUGGACAGCCUACAUGGGGAAGAUGUUUUCAGCAGCCAGCAGCUACCUCCCUGCUCAGGUAUCUGGCAUGAUGAGCCAGGACCGUGCCUUCGCUACUGUUCACCUCCUCUUGUCUGACCAGAGGAACGUCUGCACCUUGGCUAUGAUCCAGAAGCUUCCACGGCUGCUGGUUGCCACGGCCAACGGCCAGUUGUUCAUCUAUAACGUGGAUCCAGUGGACGGAGGCGAGUGCAUGUUAGCCCACAAACACAGGCUCUUUGGCAGUGAUGAUGACCAGGGUGAAGGAAUAGAGUCAGAGGGGUCAGAGGUCACAGGGCCAGCACAGGCAUGUCCUUCCUAUGCUGCGACAGCCGCCUUACCAGCCUCUGGACCCGUUACUGCUACCCUCACUGGCUACUCUGAAGAUGGUGGUGCAAAGAACGGCGAAGUCAUUCCAGAACAUGAGUUUGCUGCUGGACCUGUGUGUCUGGAUGACGAGAACGAGUUUCCUCCUAUUAAUUGGUGCCGCGACGGGACUGGAGGUGGCCCGGGGAGGCGCUCGUAAGUGGGUAGAAGGACAGAUGGACAGACAGACAGGCACCAGCACAAAGGCUUUCUGGUGCCACGUUAUUUUUUCCUUUCGAGAGAAAAUAACAUUGAUUAACAUAAACAUUUGAAUUGCCCUGGGAAGCAAAACACAGACCAAGAAGGAGAAGUCAAGUAGUAAUUUCAGGACCACAAUUAUGUUCUCCUGUUCUACAAUGAUUGAGUUAAAGCAACGCUUCGGAUUUUACACCAACAAACCUCAGAGCUAUGGUUGAAUUUCAGAAUAGGAACUGUUAACUGGGAGGAUAUUUCUCAGUUUUAGAUGCUGUUUGCUACUUCAAAAAAAAAAUCAGGCUCUUUAUGAAAAUAUGAGGUGCAUGCUGGAGCAUAAAUAUAACCACAAUUUUCAUAGCUUUAUUACUUGACAAAUAUUUUUUUUAAGUUACAUUAUUGUACCAACAUUUGUAUUAUAUUGACAAUAAUAUUUUUUAGUUUACAAAUUGUUUUUCUUUUCAUUACGUAUUUUAUUUUACUGUAUUGACAUGUAUGAAAUGUUUCUGUUUGCCUCCUGGAUACAUUUCAGAGUAUGUACUGUAUGUUUGUACCUAUUAUCAUUUGUACAAGAGCAAAGUAUUUUGCUAAUUGCACAAGACCAAAACAAGUCAAAGAAACAAUAAUAUAAUACUACUAAUAAUGAUAAUAACAAUUAAAUAAAC